AGUGCGCUUGACGAAUCAACAAUACGGCUUGUUAAGAUGCAUGGAGGAAAGUGGUCGUCGCCCGUGUUCGUAAUGUGUUUAGUUGAUAACCGUGAGCCGCGCGCGCCGCCUGUGCCCAGCCAGCGCCCACGCAAACUCGUAGCACGCCGCGCCUUAUCAGUCGACAACACAACACCAUUAACGUGCCGGCCGGGUACCCUCGGAUACUCAUAAUCUUUAAUGCAGGUUCAGUUAAAAGGCUUCUAUAGUGUCACUGCAGAUACAAGGAUUGAUUCACAGGAGAGGACGAUCGACAGUACAUUCCCAGUGUUUGCUAGCAAUUAUUUCAAGAUAGGGCAACUAACAGAGCUACGAUGGCAAACGACUGGUCAAAAAACACAAGAGGGCAACAACAUCGCAAUACAUGUCAUUCCACCCGAUGGCGAAGAAGACGACGAGUUCGUGCCGCCGCUGCGCGCGCGCACCCGGAGGAAGAUGAGCACCCCGCUGAGCGCGCUGCCCGGCGCUGCCGACCGGCUGAUCGGCAUGCCUAAUGCUCAGCGCAGUACGCCAUCUCGGUCUCUCUCGCCGCUGGACCGCACGAAGCGGCGCUUCAGCACCAUGGUGUCGUCGGCGGCGGCCGCGGCCGUGUCGCGCCGGCUGUCCGCGACCAUCGGCUGGUGUCUCGCGACGCCCACGCACGUCAAGCCUCAGAUCGUGCGGCAGGGUCGCGCGCUGUGUCUACAGUAUAUUAAGACGCAGAUUAGGAGGUCGUCCAUGUGUGCUAAUAAGCAAAUCGUGGUGAAGCGCCUGCAACGAAUGCUCGAGACUGAAUGUGGAGAAGAGGCGAAUUGUAACGCGGAGACCGGCGUGCUCGCGGGUCUGCGGGCGCUGUGCGCCGCUCUCGAGCGCAAGAGACCAGACGCCUUCCGACAUGUCGCGCGGCAGGCCACGCGAGCUCCAUGUGCCAUGCUACGCUCUGAUACUGCUUUAGCGGAGUUGGCUUUGGCACUUGCACGCAGGAUCACGAGAGAUAACAUUACAUGGUCGAAGAUAGCAGCAGUAUUUUGUAUUUGCGGGGCACUAUCCCGAGAGGCAGCCGAGGCAGCAGACGGUGAACCAGCUUUAGAAUUAGUCGCAGCGCCGGCCGCGGCGAUCGCAGACCUUCUACACGAGGAGACAGGAUCCUGGAUAGCAGCUAACGGGGGAUGGAACGGGUUAGUGGAGCGACUGCGAGCCAGCGAGCGUGACCAACGGUCCGAGAAGACACUGCGAGUCAUGGUCUCGUUCUUCGCCAUGGCAUUCGUUAUCCUACUGCUGCUGAGAUGGGUGCUACAUGGCCACCCCGCGUACUACGAUUAAUAACCAAAAUCGUCUUGUAACUUUCUAAAUUUCUACGUCAAAUCCAUAAUAGUGCCUAGUUAGAAUGAUGCCAUCAUUGCCUAAAUUUAAUUUGUUAGGUACAGAAACAAAUACCGAGCCGAGCAUAAUAUAAUUAGAGAAAUAGGAUACCUAGUUAGCUCAAUAUAAAUAGCCUACAAUUAAGUUAAGGUUAAACGAAAUGGUUCACCUGAACCUGACACGCUGCUGGCGUGGAACCUAAUGUCCAGACAACAAUUAAAUCAAUUUGAAUAAAUUACGAUUUUAAUUAGAGUAAUGGAUUAUGUCGAGUUACGAAAUAUAAUAAAUAAUAACAUUCAGCGUCUGCGCAGGUAUAUUUCUCGGGGCACACAAUAGUCGGUAAUGGAUAGGUUAAUAAGUAUUAUUAAACAUAAUUUAUUUUUAUUAAACAUUAAAAAAUAUAUUCGUGAA